AUGUCGACGUUAAAGGAAGUUUGUGAUGGAUUACCGUUGAAUCCCUUACCACUUCAGAAACCGAGGGAUGAGUCUGUACCACAUGCACCAGUACUGAACCCCGGCCUCACCCAAGGAGAACAGAGGCUCGCUCUAGAAAAUUCCUUGAGAUAUUUUCCACCGGAAGUGCAUGAAGUUCUGGCACCGGAAUUCCUGGAAGAGCUGAACCAAUAUGGGCAUAUUUAUAUGUAUAGAUUCAGGCCUUAUAUUGAAAUGAGAGCCUAUCCUAUAAACGAGUACCCAGCACAAACCAGACAAGCAGCAGCUGUAAUGCACAUGAUAAUGAAUAAUCUCGACCCCCAUGUUGCUCAGUUUCCUCAAGAACUAGUAACCUAUGGUGGAAAUGGGCAGGUCUUCUCCAAUUGGGCUCAGUUUCUACUGAUGAUGAGAUACCUGUCCAUAAUGACAGAAGAACAGACGCUUGUGAUGUAUUCCGGACACCCUAUGGGCCUGUUUCCCAGUACCCCCGAAUCCCCCCGAGUGGUCAUCACCAACGGUAUGGUGGUACCAAAUUACUCAUCACGUGACCUGUAUGAUAAACUGUUUGCUCUUGGCACCACAAUGUAUGGUCAAAUGACAGCGGGAAGUUACUGUUAUAUCGGACCACAAGGAAUUGUUCAUGGUACAACUUUAACUAUCCUGAAUGCUGCCAGGAAACACCUUAAUACCGGAGAUCUGUCAGGGAAGGUGUUUGUUACAUCAGGUUUAGGUGGUAUGAGUGGUGCCCAAGCUAAAGCUGCUGUUAUAUCAGGAUGCGUUGGAGUUAUAGCUGAGGUGAGUAAGGAAGCUAUAUACAAGAGAUAUAACCAAGGUUGGCUACAAGAAGUGACAGAUAACCUUAAUGAGUGUAUGUUGAUGAUAAAACACCAUCGACAUAAUAAAACACCUACUAGUAUAGGCUAUCAUGGUAAUGUGGUUGAUCUAUGGGAAAGACUAGCCGAUGAGUAUGAUUCUACUGGAGAACUGUUGGUUGAUUUGGGAUCUGACCAGACCUCCUGUCAUAAUCCAUUUUUAGGAGGAUAUUACCCUGUUCAGUUAUCCUAUGAAGACGCGAGAGAAGUCAUGUCAUCAGAUCCUAUCCGGUUCAAGAACUUGGUCCAAGAAAGUUUACGCCGCCAUAUUUCGGCUAUAAAUCGUUUAGCAACACGAGGAAUGUUCUUCUGGGAUUACGGUAAUGCGUUUUUAUUAGAGGCUAGUCGAGCUGGGGCGGAUGUUGGUCGUGAGGAAGGAGUUAACAGUGCAUCUUUCAGAUAUCCUUCGUAUGUUCAGGAUAUAAUGGGAGAUAUCUUCUCUCUAGGUUUUGGGCCAUUCAGAUGGGUGUGUACUUCCGGUUUAUCAAGCGACCUAGAGAAGUCCGAUGAAAUUGCUGCAUCAGUUUUAGAAGAUAUCAUCAAACAAGGAGUACCGGAGUCAACCAAGCAGCAAUAUACUGAUAAUAUCAGAUGGAUAAAAGAAGCCGGAAAUCACAAAAUGGUGGUCGGGUCCCAAGCCCGUAUAUUGUAUUCAAAUCAACUAGGACGACAGGCCAUAGCUUUAGCUUUUAAUAAAGCUAUAGCCGAUGGCGAGAUCUCGGCACCGAUAGCUAUAAGUCGCGAUCAUCAUGACGUCAGUGGCACAGAUAGCCCGUUCAGAGAAACGUCCAAUAUAACAGACGGAUCGUCAUUAUGCGCAGAUAUGGCCAUACAGAACGUUAUUGGUGACAGUUUUAGAGGAGCUACUUGGGUUGCUAUUCACAACGGAGGAGGUGUUGGCUGGGGUGAAGUCAUCAAUGGGGGCUUUGGAUUGGUUUUAGAUGGUUCACAGGAUGCUGGUAGACGAGCCAAGCUGAUGUUAGGUUGGGAUGUCAAUAAUGGGGUCGCCAGAAGAUGUUGGAGUGGAAAUCUUAAAGCAGAAGAGACGAUCUGCCGAGCAAUGGACGAGGACAGCUCGUUAAAGAUCACUGUACCGUAUCACGCCGAUUCCAGGUUACUCGAUGAUACUCUUUCAACGAUCUCAAAAUAACCAGUACAUUUCAAUCUCAAACUGUUUUAAUUUCAAGUACUAAAGGCAUAAUAAAAAGAGGGACUGGGUUAUUACAGUAUGUUUCCCAGUGCUUA